GAGUAAAGAAAAGAAAAGAAAAGAGUAAUAGACAGCCAAAGCGUCAGCCAGCACGAAUCCCCUCCCUCUCUCUCCUCUCUCUCGCUCUAGACGGAAUCUACAAUAUCGGCGAUAAACCGGAAACCCUGCACGGCGGCACUUUCUCCGGCGGUGGUGUACGCUUAAUCCCACCGAAUUAUUUCUCUACCCCUCGCCGAUCUUCAAUCAUAUGGUUUGAUCAGUUGAGCAGGUUUCUGAGGCAGGGACUUCUCUGAGGUUUUCUGUCUGUGAUAAGAGAAGCUUUCGGAUCAUAUGAAGUGGUUAUUCCGUUCAUUUGGCGGUGAUUCAAAUGUAAAAUUGCUGCUCCGUUUUCUUGAAAUAUUGUCUAGACAGGUGAAUUUUGGUAACUUGAAUUCCGUUGAUCGUAGACUUGUUAUAUCACAUUGGAGUUUUGCGAAUAUCAAUGGCUGAAGGAGAUGAGAACCUUGAACUUAGGUUCAGGGUUUUUGACGGGACAGAUAUAUGUCAUGGUACAUACCAGUCGUCCGUUACUAUUGCAACACUCAAACAAAGACUUCUUUCUGAGUGGCCUCAAGAUAAAUCACUAGUACCAAAGUCGGUGGAUGAUAUGAAAGUGAUACAUGCCGGUAAAGUUUUGGAGAAUGGAAAGACACUUGCAGAGUCUGGAGUACACACUACUGAUCUUCCUGGAGUUAUUACCAUGCAUGUUGUUGUACAACCUCCUAUUGCUGAUCGAAAGACAGAUAAGAAGGAAAAACAGGGCUUGUGUUCUUGCACCAUCCUUUAGAGCCACGACUCGGGAGCAUCUUUCAGACAAGGCCAACCGCUCCCACAUUUUCAUGUUGUAACAUCUAUACCGAAGUUUCUAUCGAAAAAAAGAAAGAAAUAAUGCACUGGAAAAUCGAUUUUAGAAAGUAAUCGAAAUUGUAGAAUAAGGUCUCACAUGAAGAUUUUUUUUCUUUUCUUUUUCAAUACAGUAUUUCAGACUGUUUGUAAUCUGUAUUAAUGAGGUUUAGUUUGAUAUGCAUUUGCUCAGUUGCUCUA